CCGCACAGGUUGCGGGGUGGGCGGAGUCAAAACAGCUGUGGAGCCCGGAGUGUCUCGUGGCUCCGAUCGAGCAAGUCGGGGCUGCUCGGUGACGCCGCACGAAUCAUCCCCUCGUCUCCAAAUCGCCAAAACGUCUAACCGGGAUUUCCAAGAAGCUCCAAAAGAAACAAAACAAAACAAAAAAAACAGCAACUACCCGUUCCGCGUCCCAUUGGUGGUUUUCAGCACCACGAAGAAACGAGGGGACAAGUGAACGAACAGAAAAGUUAAGCAAGAAUCUUCCGGUGGGAGGAAAAAAAAAAAAGCACCACUUGUUCGAAAACGAAGCGGCGGAAGCUAAGACAAGUACUUCCAGUGCCCCCCGACUUGUUACAAUGACUCAUUUGGCGUCCGUGCAGAUGUCAGCCCCGCACAGUUAAAUGUUAGAACUACUUGAGCACAUACUGCUCGGGUGGUCAAAGAGGAAAAAGAGGAAAGAGGUUUCGUGGUGCCUGCCAUGUCUCUGUGGGUCAUCUUGCCUGUUAGCCUCCCAGCACUGACCAUCACUGGGAUCUGGGUUGUGUAUGCGAUGGCCUUGUACAACCAGCAUGUCUGCCCUGUGGAUAACUGGUUGUACAACCAGUCGUGCGGAGAGGAGCUGUAUUUGCAGAGCGGACCAACGUUAUGCUGCACGCUCGACAACGUACCUCUCAUCAGUAAGUGCGGGACACUUCCGCCAGAGAGCUGCUUCUUCAGCCUUAUCUGCAGCACAGGAUCAUUCAUGGUCAUGGUGAUCGUGCUGCUCCGCUACGCCCACGUCAUUGAGAAGCACCAAAACUGCGUCCUCAACACGGCGAGUCUCUCCACAGGCUGGAUCUGUGCCGCCGGGCUCAUCAUGGUGGGCAACUUCCAGGUGGACUAUGCCAAAGUUCUCCACUAUGUCGGAGCGGGCAUCGCCUUCCCCACCAGCAUGCUGUUCGUGUGCCUGCAGUCGGCGCUGACGUACCGGCUGGCCAAGACGCAGGGCGAGUACAACGUGGCCCACCUGCGGCUCUGCAUGACCCUGCUGGCCUUCGUCGCUCUGGUGCUCAGCGGCGUCUUCUUCUGCCAGGAGAGUUUCGCCCUGCAGCACGCGUCGGCCAUCUUCGAAUGGGUCUUCUGCGUGACCAUCAUGCUCUUCUACGGGACGUUCGCCUUCGAGUUCGCCGGCAUGUCGGGGGCCACCAUGGCGGUGUUGGCCCGGGGGGGCUCCCCGGGGGCGGCGGCCGGGGAGAACAAGAUGGACGCGCUGGGGCCGCGCUCGCCGCCGCACCAACCCGAAAACAUGUCGUCCAUUCUGUAGGGCCCCCCCCCUCCCCUCGGAUCGAUGACGCUUCCAAGAUGGCGCCGUCAAAUCAGUCGAGUCAUCCGAUCCGUCACGUGUGGAUUUGAACUCGGGAUUUUUCCCUCCCUCAUUACGUCAGAGCAUAUUUUUUUUUCCCCCCUCUGCAUUUUGCACACGUGUCAAGCCAAAUUUUUCCAUCCAGACAAGCAAGCGACCAGCCUUCAUUUAUUCGGCGUCCGUCAGACGAAGACCAAUCCGUUGUUCUCCUCUCCCGGCGCUCAGCAAGUGACCUUGGAUGAUUUCCUCUUCAGGUGAUUGCGGCGAGGCCCCCCCCCCCCCCAACCCACCCGAUUUCAUUUUGCGCUCAACAAAGCGGCUGCUGGACGGCCACGACUGAAAAUGCGGCCGCGAGCGAGGGGGGAAGGUCAGGACGGAAGCAAUAAACUCACUUUGUAUUCUUCUACGGAUGAGUAUAUAACUGUAACGCUAAUAUUAUUACAUAAAAAAAGAAGGGACCUGUUAUGUGUGUAUAUAUGCAAUAUCCAUCCAUCCAUUUUCUUUUGCCGCUUAUCCUCACGAGGGUCGCGGGGAGUGCGGCUGUUUGUCUCUAUGUGCCCUGCGAUUGACUGGCGACCUCCUGCCCGUCGACAGCUGGGAUAGGCUCCAGUACUCCCCGCGACCCUCGUGAGGAUAAGCGGCUUAGAAAAUGGAUGGAUGGAUAAAUUUGGGAAGAGUUUGUCUCAAAUCAUUUCACAUUGAACAAGGUGACGAGCGCCCAAAAAAAAGUCAUCUACUCGCUUUCGACCGGGGGUGUCCAAACAAGGGACCGGGGGCCAUUUUUAAAUCACUCGCAGCAAUACCGGUCCCUUUUUCAAUGUAUCAGGGCCUAUUAAAGGCUACCGAGACCAGCCACCGAUACUUUUGGCAAAAUAAAAUCUGACACAGUCCUCUUUGCCACUAGUUGUAGUAGUAACUAUAUAAUAACUACACUGGAUUAAUUUUACCAGGUUUGAUUAAAAGUUGAACAAUUUCAAGGUGGGUUUUGUGUGGGUGGAGGGAUUGUGGAAGAAAAAGUUUGGACACCCCUACACACUUGUUGGUCUGCCAAAAAAAAAAAAAAAAAACAAAGCCAAAAAUAUCUAAAUGUUAGCAUUAGAGAUUGGGAUCAUUAUCAAAGAGUUCUGUUGACGGUGCGAUUCUGCUCUUCACACCCCUGCCCCGCCUUUCCGAUUUACACGAUAACAGGUCCCCCUUUUAUACGGCAAACGGGGACACUUGUUCACCUCGACAACCGUAUCGCUGGUUUUGCGUGCGCUCCGCGUUCGAGUCCACGCGAUCCAGGCGGCGGAUUGCCCGAACAUUGCCGACAGACCUGGGUCAGUUCCCGAUUCUGUGCCAAAGACACGACGCAGAGUCCCCACGCACGGGCGCCGGUGGUUACCCGACCCGCUUAUGGUGCGGUAAGCGUCUCCGUACCUUAAACACGGUAUUCCUCGCCGUCCCGUGCGACCACGGCGGCCAUUUUACUGUCAACAGCGUGCCAAAUAUCAGCGUGCCUGCGACCUCGUUGCUAAUAACAAAAACCUGAUUGUAACCUUAUCGCAUUCAUCAAAAGCAAUAUCGUACUUUUUGUUUUUUUAUCAGUAUUUUGUUACAGAAAGUCUGGCGGAGACAGCAUUGGGUACACCCACGCCGGAACGUCCUUACACAGAUAACGACACCGCCGUUGGAGGUAUUUUCCGACCGUCUCCCGGUCUCGCCGUUCAGUAUAAAUGAAGUUGGAGAAGGACCAGCCCGUUCUCCCCCUUGAGAGGUAGUACCGAAUGCCUUUAAGAGAAAUAAAUAAACACGGGAUUCUCAAUUUAUCCACUUGUGCCUUUUUCACCCGCAACCCGGCUAAGUGAAAUUUCACCCGCGACGCAGCAUACCGCAGUCAGAUAAUUGAUCUGUGUUGGGUGAAAUGUACCGACCGUAAUUCCCGAUCUACAGAGUGUACCUGGUGAUAAGCCUCGGUACACAGAAAGAGUUUAGCGCUAGCGCGGUCAUGCUAACUGUGAAAAGUCGCGGCUUGUAGGCCGGGAAUCGCGGUACUUGCCUGACAACUGCUUUCAACACAGCAAGGCAGGAAAGUAUUGUAGAAUGUCGGGUUUUCAACGUCAACUCCAAUUUCCUUUUCCCGUGGUUGUCAUCUCGCCUUUUUUUUUUUUUUGUUUACCUCCAAUUGUGGCGUACAUUACAGUACGUCCAAAAGUUAAGGUGCCGGUAUAAAAAGAUGCAAAUGACCAUAUAAGGACACGAUGAAAGGCAAGAUAAGGUGUACCUAAUGUUGUGGCCCAAAUUUUUUAUUUCAUUUUUUUUUUUGCUCUUCAUUGAUUGACUUAGUCCGUCAGAUUCUACUCCCGAGGUGUGCCAAGCAACUUGACCUAUGCAGCUAUUGUCUUUUUCUAACGCGUCUUAUUAUUUUGUAUUCAUCAUUCCACGAGUCGGUCGCUUGUAUUUAAUUAAAAAAUAUUUUUUUGUUUUUGCAUGAGUACUGUACACGAAAUCUGUGCGGA